AUGAGCAAAGAAACUGAAAAUUUUUAUGACCCAGCCCAAUUUCUUCUUGAAAAAGAAGGAGGUGACCGGACAGUUCUUGUGAUCCUCAACAUGCCAAUUUCUGACUCACGAGCUUGUGAAGUUACGCCGGGUGACAAUGGCCGCGAAUCCCGGCCACAGGACUUGAAUAUUUUUGAAAAGCUAUGGGCAUUUUGCAAGUACCGUGUAUGUGCUGAUGGAGGUUCCAACAGAUUAUACUCAUAUUUCAAGCACGAUAAGAAACGACGAGAAAAAUUUUUACCAGACUUUAUUGCGGGCGAUCUGGAUAGUGCUCGGCCACGCGUGCUCAAGUAUUAUGCGGCACGCGGAGUAGACGUGAUUGGCGACUCUGACCAGUACUCUACCGACCUGAUGAAGUGCAUCAAGCUUGCAGAAGAACGUUGGUUCAGCGAUAGCUCAUCACAUUCAGUUCCCUUCAAAGUGAUUGCUUUUGGAGCGCUUGGUGGACGUGUUGAUCAAUCGUUUCAUUCGCUGCACCACUUGUACAUUUCCCAAGAGGGUGGCAAUCACCCAGCAGCUAUAGAGGCAGCCCAGCAAACUGGGGAAAUCGAUAUGCGUUAUGAAAAAAACCGGGCCACAGUGUCACAUCAGCUCACCUUAGUUUCUGUGACAUCCACUAAUGCUAAUGUGACUUUGCUUGUUCCAGGUGGAGUUUCUGCAAGAAUUUCAACGCCAACACGCGUAUUGGGUCCUGCAGUUGGCAUCAUUCCGUUGAGCGGACCAACGCGACUCACGACGAGUGGAUUAGAGUAUGAUGUGCACGAAUGGGCGACGGCUUUUGGGGGACUUGUGAGCACGAGCAAUUAUUUGAGAGAAGAGGAAGUGCGAAUUGAUUCGGAGCCGUUGCCAGUGGUGUUUACGGUAGAGAUACGGAUGUGGUAUAAGGAUGAAGAAGACAAGAGUAGCGAAGAGGAAUAA